AUGCUAUCCCCUCGUGGAUCUCAACAACGCGUUGAGAAUCCAACGCUUCAUACAAAAAUGUCAAGAAAACGAAAACGGCCUAUUGAAGAGGUUAUUGCAGAACUUCCACCUCUAGAAUCAGUGAAAUUCCAUCCAAUACUGCCUGCCUCACGAGAUCCAAUUCUUAAUAUUCCAGCGAAUAUCAAUAUUAGCAGUCCUUAUGCCUUAUUUACUCUAUUCUUCUAUGAGGAAAGCCUUCAAAAUAUCAGUGAUUCUACUAAUCUCUAUGCAAAACUAAAGAAAGAUGCUAGAGAUACUGAUGAUGAAGCUCCAGAGCUUUCAGAAAUAGAGGAGGAUGAGGAAGCUCAAGAUAUAGAGAUUUCUGAAAUUUCUAUAUCCUCAAAGCCUUCUAUCCAACAAUAUUCAUGGAAAAAUACCAAUCCAGCGGAGAUAAAGGUCUUUAUAGGCAUUCUUCUCUAUAUGGGGGUUCAUAAAUCCCAUCGAACUGAUCUAUACUGGCGGAAUGAUCUGAAACAGGGCCCUAUUCAUUCUGUUCAAUCCUAUAUGACCCAUACGCGUUUUAAACAGCUUAAACGAUAUAUCCAUAUAUCUAACCCCCGUGAAGCCCGCCGCCCGGGGGCCAAAAAUAAGGAUGAUUGGUGGUAUAAGGUAGAGCCGUUGGCUACUGAGUUCCAUAUGGCAUGCCGAAAAUACUACACCCCUGGCUCCAAGAUUUCUAUUGAUGAGAUUAUGGUUAAAUGCUUUGGACGGAGUCAACAUACAUACAAGAUGCCUAAUAAACCAAUUCCUCGGGGAUAUAAGAUAUUUGGCCUAGCAGAACAUGGCUAUUUAUGGACUUUUUUCUGGUCUAGCCGCCGGCAGGGUAUAAUGCCUAUGUUUCAAUUCCCUACAUUAACAAAAACCGGAUCUAUGGUGGUGAAUCUGGUGAACCGGCUUCCUACGGUAUCCACGCCGAAUACGCCGAAUGCCACGCCGAAUGCCACCCCUAAUACCGACCCUAAUAUCACCCCUAAUAUCACCCCUAAUAUCGGCCCAUAA